UUUCUUUUUUUUCUUUCUUUUCCUUUUUUUCUUCUUUAUUAUUACAAAAAAAUGAUUCUUACCGAAAAGCCAUCCAACAUCUAUACAGCGCCCUUAAGAGGAAAUAGAAGAAUGAUUGUCUUCAUUUUGGCCAUCGUUUCAUUUCUUGUUUUAUCAUUUUUCACAUUUUCAAGAUCCUCAUUAAAUUUGGGUGGGCCUUCUUGUGGAAGAACUAUCCGAACACUGUCUGAAGCAGUUGCACUAUCAAGUAGCACAAGUAACAACCAUGGAGGACAAGCUAAAUUCAUCAACCUGAAUGAUUUGGAUGCCACGGCUAACGCAAAAGAUGAGCAAGAACAUGUUUUAAUUCUCACUCCCCUUAAAAAUGCCGAAGCUUACCUUCCCAAAUACUUUGAAUUAAUCGACCGUUUGUCUUACCCCAAAGAUUUAAUUACUGUUGCAUUCUUGGUGUCCGAUACGGAUGAUAAGACCGUCGAAAUCUUAAAGCGAAAGGCAGAUGAAUUCUUAAACCGUCAAGACCCUUCUCAAAGAUACCAUGAAAUUGCCAUUUAUGAAAAAGAUUUCAAUUUCCAAUUACCCGAAGAUAAAAGACACACCUUUGAACUUCAACCCUUAAGAAGAUCCUUCAUGGCCCGUUCAAGAAACUAUUUAUUAACCGCUGCUCUUCGUGAAUAUCAUUCUUGGGUUCUUUGGUUGGAUGUCGAUGUUGUCAACUAUCCUGAGUCAAUUUUAGAGGACCUUCAAAGCGUGAAUGUGGAUGUGGUUGUACCCAACUGUUUGCUUCAAACUGAGGAUAAUUCUUUCUGGGGUUACGAUAAAAACAAUUGGCAGGAAACCGAUAAAUCGAUUGAAAUGCAAAAGGAUCUUGAUCCUGAUUAUGUCUUGUUGGAAGGUUAUUUCGAAUUCUUAACAAGUCGUUAUCUUAUGGUUGACAUGCCAACGCAUAAUGAUAGAUUAGAAAAGGUUCCUUUGGAUGGUGUCGGUGCUACUUUUACUCUUGUCAAAGCUCAAGUUCACAGAGAAGGUGCAAACUUCCCUCCCUAUGUAUUCCAACAUCAAGUCGAAACUGAAGGCUUUGCAAAGAUGGCUAAGGCAAUGGGCUUUGGUGUGUAUGGCUUACCAGGUUAUCUUAUUCAUCACAUCAAAAACUCAUAGAUAUCCUUAUCCCAUCACAUGUAUUUGUUUCUCGUUGUUAUCUUGAACAACACUCCCCUCCAUUUGUUUAUUUAUUUUUCCCUCCCUCUGCAAUCAUACAUAUAAUACCUUGAAAAAACAAAAAAAACUCUCACUUGGCUAAAAUCAUUACUCCCGCAUCAUAACUUAAUAACAUUCACAACUCGAAUCACUAAUACACUACUACUUACUAAUUCUAAUAAAGAAAAAAAAUUUUACACGCACAAACAAAGUCUUUCCACCCCCCCCCCC